AUGUACGGUCCAGUUGCACAGCUCGGUGUGGGAAACGCACUUCUCAUCAUUCUCCAGCUCGUCUUUGCUGGAAUCAUCCUUCAGUGUCUCGAUGAGCUUCUCCAAAAAGGGUAUGGUCUUGGCUCUGCGAUCUCACUUUUCAUAGCGACUAGCCUCUGUGAGAGCGUUAUAUGGAACGCCUUUAGCCCCGUCACGUUCUUCAAACGGUCUGGACUGGAGUUUGAAGGCGCAUUGAUCUCGCUUUUCCAUAACUUGAUAACCAAGUCAAGCAUCCGACAAGCUUUCUUCAGACAGACUUUUCCAAACGUUGCGAAUCUGCUUGCAACAGUCUUGGUCUUCCUCAUCGUUGUCUACUUCCAAGGCUUCCGCGUUGUAUUACCUCUUAGUUCAAAGAACUCACGGCAAGGCGGCUACCCGAUCAAACUCUUGUACACCUCCAACAUGCCAAUCAUUCUCCAAACCGCUCUCGUCUCAAAUCUCUACUUCAUCUCUCAGCUUCUCUACAACCACUUUGGUGGGAAUUUCAUGGUGAACUUGCUGGGACAGUGGAGAGGACCAACACCAGUAGGUGGUCUCGCUUACUUGAUCACAGCUCCAUCAAGCCUUGCAGAUAUUUCUGCUCAUCCUUUCCACGCACUCUUCUACAUCGUCUUCAUACUCUCUACUUGUGCGUUUUUAUCCAAGACAUGGAUUGAAGUCUCUGGUUCCUCCGCUAGAGACGUGGCCAAGCAGCUCAAGAGACAAGGGAUGGGGAUGGCUGGGCACAGAGACUCCAAUAUGCUCAAGGAGCUUAACCGCUACAUCCCAACAGCAGCCGCCUUUGGAGGAAUGUGCAUUGGUGCACUCACUGUUCUUGCCGACCUCACUGGAGCUAUUGGCUCAGGGACUGGUAUCUUGCUUGCCGUCACAACCAUUUAUCAGUUUCUCGACACUUUUGACAAGGAACUAGCCACCGAGUCAUGA